AUGCAAGCAAAGCUGAUGAAUGGCACGUUUGUUUGCGUAUUCUGCAUGGCUGAACACAUUUUGCGCACCAACAUCGAGGUGCCAAAUAGCCGAGAGCCCGCAGGAUGCAGGGAAACCAACAGCGAGUACAAAGCUGGCUGACUGUCUGGCUUGAUCUACCUUUCACAGAGUCUUUUCCACUGUUGUUCGCCGUUUCAGUCAUUCUUCAUCAUCCCCGAGUUUCAUAGAAUUGCGUUACUUGAACCGGACUCCCGGGACGAAAUCCAUGAUGACCGGGUCACCAAGCGCUCAAUCGCCGGUGCCCGCCUCUCCCCCGGCGGCAACGGCUGUAUCUCCCACCAAUUCAAAGACCGCGUCACCGAAAAACCGGAGUCUAUCGCGAUCAAAGACUGCUUCACCAGUAGCCCAGAACUCACCCGCGGGCCAAGUUGCAGACGAAGAUGCAGAUGAUAUUGAGGUUGACGAAGGACUCAGUGUCGGCGAUGGGGCCUCAACGAUUGAUGACCAGAUAUCAUCCUACACAGCUUCCUUAGGCUCUAGUGUGGUUGACUAUCCUGUAGAGCAUGGCCGUCGUUAUCACGCUUUCCGAGGUGGAGCUUACUAUGCUCCAAAUGAUGAGAAUGAGAUGGAUCGUCUUGACUUCCUCUCGACCUUGAUCUUCAAGGCCAUUGGCAAGUUGUACUUAGCCCCAGUUGAGAAGAGCAAGACUCAUCGCAUCUUGGACAUUGGCACUGGGACUGGAAUCUGGGCUAUGGAGAUGGGAGACUUGUUUCCCAACGCCGAGAUCAUCGGAAACGACCUGAGCGCGAACCAACCAACUUGGGUACCAUCAAACGUCAAAUUUGAGGUCGACGAUGUCGAAAGCCCUUGGCUGCAUACAACCAAAUUUGACUACAUUUUCUGCCGGUCUAUGGCCGGCGCUAUCGCUGACUGGCCUAAGUUGGUCAAGAAUAUCUAUAACAAUACCAACGCCGGAGGCUGGGUCGAAUUUCAAGACUGGGAUCUCCUAUACCGCUCUGAUGAUGGCUCCAUCACCGAUGAGCACGAAAGUCUGAAGAUGAACAAGACAUUCAUCAGCACCUGCAGGCAGAUUGGCCGUGAGCCCUGUCCGGGUCCCCUAUUCAAGGACUGGGUCACGGAGGCCGGCUUUACCAACGUCACCCAUGAGACGUAUAAACUGCCAAUUGGUACUUGGCCCAAGGAUCCUCAUUAUAAGGAUCUCGGUCUCUGCAACCUCAUCCAGAUCCUGGAUGGUUUGGAAGCUUUCAAUUUGAGACUACUUACUGGCGUACUUGGUUGGACGAAGGAAGAAGUCAUGGUGAUGCUAGCAGCUUGUCGAAAUGAGUUGAAGACAGGCAUCUUCCAUGCCCGCAUGGAAUUUCACGUUGUUUAUGCUCAGAAACCAGAGGAGGAAGCUUAGGUUAGCCGCAGUGAAUAGAAAGCAAGCAUGGCGUUUUUAUCGAGAAGGCUUCCAUCCUAAAUAAAGUGUCUAUCCGAGUAAUCCGCCAGAAUAUGAGACAUGCAUAUUUUGUCUACUCCUGUCCGGAGGCCCGGGACUGUUGUC